AAUGUGUGAAAGUAACAGGUGUAAUGUCGGCCUCUGAGGUAUGCAGGAAGAGGGCGUUUCCAAUCGCUAACAGCCGUGCUACAAGUGAAGGCGAAUCACCUGUACGAGCUCCAACGACUUCAGUUUGUUAACAGGGAGGAGCUCGCUUACACCUUCAUGGAACUAUAGGAACCUCCGCUGCAGCAGGUAGACCUUCAGCCCCCAAUAAAAACACCCCAGCGCCGAGAACCGUUUCGGAACCUUCGUCCUGCACACCAUGAAGGUGCAGUUUGUGAUCCCCAUGACCCUGCUGGUGUCGUUUGCUCUGGUGGGAGUGAUGAGAAUGCGGAGGAAGGACCACGAGAAGGACGACAAGCGUGUUAGGUUUCAGGACAUCAAGCUGAAGGUGACCAACGACGUGCUGAUGGACUACCAGAACGAGAGGGCGGAGAAGGAGCACAUGAUGGAGAAGAUCGAGGGCGAGCAGAAGACCCUGGAGGAACAAAUGGUCGUCCUCCAGACCAAACUGGACUCCUCAAAGGGAUCCGCCAAUGAGUGCCAGGGCAAUCAGAAAUCUUCUCAAGAUCAGCUGGCCUUAACAGAAACUGAUUUGAAUAAACUUAAAGCUGAAAUCGAGAAAGAAACCGGCGUCUGGAAAUCCGAAAUCGCUGCAUUGCAGCAGCAGCUUGCAGGAGAAAGCGCAGUUUGCAAGCAUUUGAAAGCAGCGCCGGAGGCAGCAAGAAAUAUGUGCCAUUUUAAAGAGGGUGUUGAGGUUAAACAACAAAAUCAAGAAGCCCCUAAAAAGGACGAGGCUCCCAAGCAAGAGGCUCCCAAACAAGAGGAAGCUCCUAAACAAGAAGCUCCAAAACAAGAGGAGGCGCCUAAACAAGAAGCUCCCAAACAAGAGGAGGCUCCUAAACAAGAAGCAAAAGCAGAGGUCCCUGAGCCAAAGAAAGAGGCCCAGAGAUGAGCGGAUCCAAAAUGAAGGACUUUCCACUUUACAGGACAUCUUCAAGUCAAGUGGAGACCGUAAACACUUAUUUUUGUCCUCAAAAAGACACACAAGAUCAAUGUAGUCUUACUCCUUUUUUUUUAUUUUUAUUUUUUAUUUUUUUUUUACAGAAGAUGGUUAAAUGGAAAAAGAAGGAUGUUACACAUUUAGGAAUGUAAGAGUGCUGCAUGUUUGAUUGGAAGCAGACUUCAAGUCCAAUAUCAUUAUUUUUGAAGGGAAAUUCCAUACAGCUUGAAUACAUAAGAUUGUGGAGUUUUUCACUCGGGUUUUGCUUGUUUUGUACAUUCUAUUUUGGCAACAGUGACAUUUCCAAAGAAAAACAUUGACUCCUGACUAGACUUUACCAAGCAUUUAGUGCUGGUAAAGUUUUUACAAUUCUCAAUUUAUAGUGUGUUAUAAAUAAAGAGAGCUAAGUCUUCUUCUUUAAACGUUUAUUAGUUUGAAUUUAAGUAAAAUAUUAACCCACAAUUGGAAGAACAAUCAUUGAUUUGCCAUAGUAAAAAGAAAUAUGAUACUAAUAGGGGCAAAUUUGACUUGCAAUUACUGGUAAAAAAAAAAAAAGCCUCCUGGCCAGACAUUACUGUGUGACAAGAAUAAAAUGACUAUGGACCUUUUGAUGUUUACAAUACAUUCAGCUGAGUGUUGAAUUUAGCUACAAGCCUGAAUAGGUCAACACUCAAAAUCUCUCAUAUCUCAUUACCAACUUCAAUAAAUCCUCUAAUCAUACAAAAUAAAAACAUUUCCCAAAAAUGACAGAAUUCUUGGAUCUUCCUCAGACCAUCGGCAAAGGACUGCAACUGAACUUUAUUUUGAUUUUUAUAUUUAUUUUUGUAAAGCAGAAACAAGGAUGCCAGUGUGUGAUGGGAGUUGUGUGUUGGGAUUUAAUGCAAGUUUGCUAAUUUUCUUUUACUCCCCUUUUUAUUUUAUACAUUUUAUUUUGGUUAAAGCUUUUUGAAGGUUUCUUACUUCCAGGAAGUACAUGACCAGGAAUUUAUUGACUUGUUUUGAACAUUGGUGUACUUGUUUAGUAAUAAGAAUAUUUUUUUUUCACCCUUUUAGAAGUGCUGCUUCACCUUGUCAAAAAAAUAAUAAUGCUGUCCUCGUCUCGUACAGCUGUGAAGUUUUCUGUUAUGUGGUUUAAUGACUUGUAUGUUACCAAUGCACUUAAUAGGCUUUAAUAAAUAAGAAUUUCCACUUGA